AUGACUCAGGGUCAUUUGAUUGGAAAUGUUGGUAAUGGGAAAUCUGGUGAAGGGAAUCGCAAACGUUUGAAGAUCUAUGUUCCUCAUUUUGACAACUCCGGCUUGAUCAAGGGUUAUUCCAAGAAUCUUAUCGGAAGAUGUAUGUAUCCGGAGGAACAAAACGUUAAGGCUCUGCUUGUGAUGUUACCAAAGAUUUGGAAGGUGGAGGAUCGGGUGGUGGGCGCAGAUUUGGGGCUGGGAAAGUUCCAGUUUCAUUUUGAGAAAGAAGAGGAUUUGGUGGCGAUCCUGGAGAUGCAACCCUAUCACUUCGAUUACUGGAGGAUGGCCAAAGACUUUCCCUCAGAAAUCCCGUUUUGGAUCAAGCUUGAGGGGAUACCAACAGAGUUCUGGUCAACUCCUAUCUUCCAGAGCAUUGGGGAUGCAAUAGGGGAGACAACGGAUGUAGAUCUGGAUUAUGGUAAAAUGCGGGUGAUUUUGGAUGGUCGAAAGGAGCUGUGUUUCGAUACUACUGUGGAUUUCAAAGGGGGAGAGUUCUACGAGGGAGAGGAGGCUCUGUCUUUGUCAUGA